GCGUCCCUGUUUGAUGACAGCUGUACGCUGUGGCUGUUGCUAAAGGGAGGAGAAAAUCUCACGACGGAGGGCUUUUUAUCUCUUUCAUUCGCAACUAGGACCUUUGGAGGACUGGAACGAGAACUAAACUGUAAAACCCACCCAUACCAGUCGCGACUGAAUUCAGUACUUCACACCCAGCCGUCAAAUUUGUCGCGCCGUGGCUGAGCUGAACGAUGGUGAAGCCAGACAUUCACACUCUGGCCCACCACCUGAAGCAGGAACGGCUGUAUGUGGCGUCAGAGAAGCAGCUCAUCCAACGGCUUAACAACGAGGUGCUCAAGACAGCAGAGCGGCUCUACCGCGCAGCCUGGAUCGCCAAACAGCAAAGGAUCAACCUCGACCGCCUCAUCCUUACCAGUGCGGAGGCCUCUCCUGCGGAAUGCUGCCAGCAUGCCAAGUUUCUGGAGGACACACAGUUUGUGGAUGGUUAUAAGACACUGGGCUUUCAAGAGAGCAUCUAUGGGGAGUUCCUGGGCCGCUUGAGGGAGAACCCACGAUUGGUGGCAUCCUGUCUGGUGGCAGGAGAAAGACUUAAUCAUGAACACACGCAGGGGGUUAUACACACAGUCUUCACCUCGCUCUAUGGCAACUGCAUCAUGCAGGAGGAUGAAUGCUACCUGCUGCAGGUGCUACGUUAUUUGGUGGAAUUUGAGCUAAAGGAAAGUGACAACCCUCGUCGUCUGUUACGGCGAGGCACGUGUGCCUUCAGCAUCCUCUUCAAACUCUUCUCCGAGGGCCUGUAUUCAGCUAAGCUUUUCCUCACUGCAACCCUCCACGAGCCCAUCAUGCAAUUGCUGGUGGAGGACGAGGACCAUCUAGAGACAGAUCCAGCCAAACUGAUAGAGCGCUUUACCCCGGCCCAGCAGGAGCGUCUGUUUGGGGAGAAAGGCACAGAUGAGUACCGCAGGAAAGUUCAGGCAGCAGUGGAGGCCAACGAGGCCAAGCUGGUAGCCCUGGUCAAUACCUUUAUUGGCUAUCUUAAGCAGAACACCUAUUGCUUCCCUCAGAGCCUGCGCUGGAUUGUGUCUCAGAUGUAUAAGACGCUGGCACGGGUGGAGAGGUUAGAGGUCGGGGAGGUGAGGACGAUGUGCACAGACUUGCUGCUCACCUGCUUCAUCUGUCCAGCUGUCGUCAACCCUGAACAGUAUGGCAUCAUCUCAGAUGCACCCAUCAAUGAGGUGGCACGUUUCAACCUCAUGCAGGUUGGGCAGUUGUUGCAGCAGUUAGCCAUGUCUGAUGCAGAUGAUGGAGAUCCUCGACGUAAAAGCAGCUUAUCCAAGUUUGAUAAGAUGUGUGUGGCUGCCUUUUUGGAUGUCGUCAUCGGUGGAAGAGCUGUCGAGACUCCACCUAUGUCGUCAAUGAAUUUACUGGAGGGUCUCACACGGACGGUGGUUUACAUGACUCACAAUCAGCUUUUAGCUCUGGUGGACUUUGUGCGUAGUGUCACUGCAGGAGAUCAGCUCAGAGAAGAAGACCACCUGGCUCUGGAAACCCUACUAGCCAAUGUACCUCAGUCCCGCACAACAAAGAGCAACAGCCUGGAGCUCACGCCCUCUAACACACCCCAGCUCUCCCCAGCUACCACACCCGCCAACAAGAAGAACAGACUCCCUAUUGGACAACAGUUGGCAGCCAUAACGUGUUGGGAGCCCUCUGCCACUGCCCUGUCCGCUCAUAUACCCUUAGUAACCCCAUUUGGCUCUCGCAGCCGAAGCCGAUCUAACAUGGCCCAGGAGGGUGAGACUGAAGCCAGCUCCCAGGAGUCUCUGCAGGAGGUCACACCUGAGGAAGUGCUAGUCAUCUCGCUGGGAACCUCACUGCAGACCGUACCUGGGAUGAUGUCUGAAAACGAGGUUCUGACUCUGCAUCUUGGAGACGGUGGACAAGGAGAUGCCCCUGUUGAUGACACCAAACUGCAUGGAAAACCUGACAAAACGCUGCGCUUCUCACUCUGCAGUGACAACCUGGAGGGCAUUUCUGAGGGGCCGUCUAACCGCUCCAAUUCAGUUUCUUCUUUGGACUUGGAGGUGGAGUCUGUGUCAGAAGGAGGACCAGGGCCGUCUGGUAGCAAUGGUGCAGAAGCCUUGCAGCUACUGGAACAUGAACAAGCCACUACACAGGAUAAUUUGGACGAUAAGCUGCGUAAGUUUGAGAUUCGGGACAUGAUGGGACUGACAGAUGACCGAGACAUUUCUGAGACGGUCAGUGAGACUUGGAGCACUGACGUCCUGGGCAGUGACUUUGAUCCCAACAUGGAUGAGGACCGACUGCAGGAGAUAGCAGGAGCUGCGGCGGAGAACGCCUUGGGCAGCAUGCUGUGUCUGCCGGUGCUUCUGGACCCGUACGGUUCUACCAUCUCUGAGACGACGAGCGAGGCGUGGAGCGUGGAGGUUCUGCCGAGUGACUCAGAAGCUGCAGACCUGAAGCAGGAGGAGCGAUUGCAGGAGCUGGAGAGCUGCUCGGGUGUGGGUAGCACUUCAGAUGACACAGAGGUCAGAGAGGUCAGCUCCCGACCCAGCACCCCGGGACUCAGUGUCGUUUCAGGCAUCAGUGCCACGUCAGAGGACAUCCCCAAUAAGAUUGAAGACCUACGCUCAGAGUGCAGCUCAGAUUUUGGAGGCAAAGACUCCGUGACCAGUCCAGAUGGAGAGGACUCUGCUCAUGGAGCCCACGGUCUAUCCUGUGCACCCUCUCAAGCAGAUUCACUGCUGGCCAUGUUCGAUCCCCUCUCCUCUGGAGAAGGUUCGUCCACUGGCACCAUUGUGCGGCCCAAGGUACACUAUCCCCGGCCCCCUCACCCUCCCCCUGACCCGCCCAUUCCAGAGGCCAGCAUAGCGGGUCACCUGGAGCCUCGUCCACCCCUCUUCGCCCCCCACCUAGCACAGAGUGACCUGGAGCAUCCCAAGCAGAGGCACUCUUACCCUGAAAGGCUGGUCAGGAGCCGCAGUACAGAUGUGGUAUCCGCUGGCCGCAGACCCAACAGUGAUCCCGGUCUGAACCGCAGGACCAUGAUGGAGGAGAGAGAACCGGCUGGGGCUUAUUCCACAGGACCCACUUCCUCUCCCAGCAAGGAUUCACUCAAAGGAGAGUCUGAGGACAGAAAGGACAGUGAUGAUGAGAAGUCUGAUAGGAACAGACCCUGGUGGAAGAAGCGCUUUGUUCCUGCCAUUCCUAAAGUGCUCUAUUGGACUGCAGAGGGUGAACUCCCAGUGCCGAUCGGGGGGCUGCGAAAGCGGGAUAAGCCGGAAAAAGACGAGCAAGGAGCCGAGAGGGUACCACAAGGUGUACCAGAUGAGCCAUCAGCAUUCAGGCAGAGCUCCAAGACUCAGUCAGCAGAGGCAAUAAUGGACAAGUACAAGUACAUCAUGGAGAAACGACCCACCCACAGUGAUGGGACAGUUGCUGGAAGUUAUGUUGGACAAGAGCCUUGUAGAGAAGGAGACAGUGAGCAUGACUCCCCUAAAGAUGAAGCUCUGCAGAACAUCUCUGCAGAUGACCUUCCAGACUCUGCCAGUCAAACAGCACCACCUCAGGACAAGACAUUCUCCUUCAGUGAUAUUAAGAAAAAGCUACGCCUGGCGCUGUGCUCUGCAGAUUCGGUUGUAUUUCCCAUCAUUCCACCGGCAACAACACGUAACGGUCUCCCAGACCAUGCAGAUCCUGAAGACAACGAGAUCGUGUGCUUUCUGAAGGUGCAGCUGGCGGAGGCCAUUAACCUGCAGGAUAAGAACCAGAUGGCUCAGAUCCAGGAGACUACGCGCUGCGUCAGCCACCUCGACCCCCGCACCUGCAGAAAACUGCUCACUGCCAUGGCAGAGGACUACAGGAAGCGGUCUCCGUACAUCGCCUAUCUGACGCGGUGCAGGCAAGGCCUGCAGACAUCUCAGGCUCAUCUGGAGCGACUCCUGCAGAGAGUGUUGAGAGAUAAAGAAGUGGCCAACCGCUACUUUACCACCGUCUGUGUCCGACUGCUCCUGGAACACAUGGAGUCAAAGAUGCUUGACUUCAUCAAAGCAUUUCAGGGCUGCACAGCAGCUGACGAUAAGACAGCAGCCGUGGAGGAUUUCCUGCGUUACCUGUAUGGAGCCAUGGCCCACGAUGCCAUCUGGCAGUACGCCAGUGAAGAGCAGCUCCAGGAUGCCCAGAUGGCCAUCGAACGCAGCGUCAUGAACCGCAUCUUCAAACUGGCAUUCUACCCCAAUCAGGAUGGGGACAUCCACAGAGACGAGCUAUUCCAGGAGCACAUCCAACGUCUGUGCAAAGUGGUGACGGCCAAUCACAAAGCCCUGCAGAUCCCAGAGGUGUAUCUGAAGGAGGCACCGUGGCCCUCAGCACAGGCUGAGAUUAGGACCAUCAACGCCUAUAAGACCCCACGAGAUAAAGUACAGUGCAUCCUGCGCAUGUGCUCCACAAUUAUGAACCUGCUCAGCCUGGCCAAUGAGGACGCUGUACCCGGGGCAGACGACUUUGUACCUGUGCUCGUCUUUGUCCUGAUUAAAGCAAACCCACCCUGCCUUCUGUCCACCAUUCAGUACAUCAAUAAUUUCUACGCCAGCAGGCUGAGCGGGGAGGAGUGCUAUUGGUGGAUGCAGUUCACUGCCGCCGUGGAAUUCAUUAAAACCAUCGACGAUCGCAAGUGAAGCAGAACAGCCACCUGUAUGGGCAGACUGUAGGAAGGAGAAAGAGAGAAAGAGAGAGGACAGCGCGGACAACUCUCCCCUUCAUCGAGAACGCACAGCGCGGCAUCGCCUCAGUCUGUAUAGCUGUACAUAGAGGCAAAAACACUUCAAGUUUAAAUUCGAUCAAACAUUAGAUAUGAUCAUGACAGGUUUUACUAUGCUGGGGUGUUAAACGAAUAAAAACAAAUAACGCGGCAGGUGGCGACAUUGCCGCUCUCUACUGAUCUCGCUUAUAACACAUGUCUUUUUCUGUAGUAUUGGGGAGGUGCUGGGGCUUAGAAUCAAAUUUUAUAUUAAACGCAGAUUUAGCAAGUAAUUAGCUCUAUUAAAACAUACCUAUCGAAUGAAAAAGGGACCAGGAACUACCUGCAACGAUCUUGUGUCGGGACGCUUCAGAGGGGAAUCCAUGAUUCUGUCCUCCUUGUAUAAACCGUGCAAUCUCACCCCGUUCAAAGCUAACAGUCACACGUCGAGUCAUAUCGAAGAACGCAUCACUAUAGAUGCUGCCAGUGUAUCAAUGUUACAGUUUAUCAAAUUAAUCAUGCCAUUAUUUUAAUAGGGCAGCUUGUUCAAUGAAUGUAAACAGGUGUUGUCAUUGUACAUUCAUUCUUUCCUACGUUUCCCAGACAAUUUGGAAAUAAGGGCCCACAUAUUUAUAUAAAAUAAAAUGUAUUUAUUACUUAACUCCUGUAUUUAAUGUUUUAUUAUAUUUACUGACUUGUUCCGUGAAUUAGAUGUCGGGCAGAUGCACACGGUUCGGUUGAGGAAACAAGUUCUAGAAAUCUUCAAUCUCACAGAGAGCUGCUAAAACAGGGUUUCCUCACAUUAGCGGAUAGUGUUGUAAAUUAGUGCCUUGCUGAUAUUUGCAGUAACACUUGUUCUUUUAGUUUUGGUGGAUUUUCUGCCACAUCUAGCGUUUCUUGCGUCUUCCUUGAAGUGAGGAAGUCGGAGCUGUCAAAGUCAAGCCUGGCUAAACGCCACUAUGCUAUUAAUAACAAACCUGAAAUAAAAAGUACAACAUGCCAAGUAGAAACACCCUACGUUUGGACAGUCAGUAUGAGGAUUGUUAUUUGUGUUGAAUAGAUGGAAAAUUGACUGCUGGGUCUUAUGAUAUGGUCUUGCAUGAGAGUUAUUGCUGUCGUCCCCAGAAAAUAUUUUUAUUUAGUUUGCUACUGACCUUUACUUGUGUUGAAAUUCCAUGUAUUGUUUCAGAGUUCUUACUUUUGUAGGAUUAAAUCAUUGUUAUUUUUAUAAUGCAUUUCCCAAGUAAAACUACGAGUUAGGAGGAAUAUUUUUGAGGUUCAAAAAGCGUAUGAUGUACCCUCAAAGGGACAACUUAUUUACCCCUAAAAGGUUCAUAGUAGUACCUUAAGUACGAACAUGCACCUUUUAGGGGUAAAUAAGGUGUACAUCCCAGUGACAAGCUGGUACAGUUUUUGCAUAUUUUUUCUGACAGUAUGUUUGAGUUUAGAUGGCAAAGAACAUUGUAACACUGUGGCAUCAUUAUCAAUGCUAGUGUAUUGAUGUUGAGGAGAAUAUAUGUAUUGAUACAGGCUACCUCGUGUCAUAACCCCCUAACAGCUAGCACAUAUUCUUCAUAACAGAUUUUGCUGUUGAUAUCUAAUGAAUUACAGCACAGUAUAUUAUUUAAACAGGAAAAAAAAUCAUGCUCUAUGUGUUGUUGUUAAAUUAUCUUUAUUAGAUCAGAACUUCCCACUAACCUUUGCACACCAGUAGAACUAGGGCAAAAGAAAAUUAUUCUUAAUAGUAUACGUGGUUGUCAGAGUAUCCCGCUUCAAAUCUGCCUUUUAACGUUGCUCCUAAACAUCUAAAAGCAAACACUGAGGGCUGAGUGUUUGUUUUGGUCCUAAAUAUAGUAGAUGCACUUAGAACAAUUAGUUCUACCUCUGACUAUGUACAUAAAGGGAUGAAUAAAAUGUAAUGCGUUCUUUUCCUCUAGGUUUUGUAGCCUUUAGAGCUCUGUACAUUUUCUUUCUGAUUUGAAUGGUGCAUGAACUCUAUAUCGCCGGUUGCUACCAUGUAUCUCUCUCUUGCACAAACUGUAAUGCGAAGAGCAUCAGCUACAAGACUCACUUCGCAGUGCACUUUGGAACAACACUGAUAUUCUGUAUAUUAUAGCAUUUUAUAUUCUAUAUAAAUGUUAUAACAGAAUAUCUUUGUUUUUAUUUGUUCCUAUUUAAGUUAUAAUGUGAUAUAUAUAUUAAAAAAAUUGCCUUUUCAACAUUUUCUGUAAUGUGGAAUCGGGUGUUGGUUGAUUAAACAUCUCAAAAUCUCGAAUGGUUCAUGCUAUCAGACUAUUUUGGUGCUCUUUUUGUUUGCAGCGGUUGAAUAUUUUCCCCCUACAGCAGCAAUGUUGCAUUUGGUGGUAUCUGCAUCUUGGUGAAAGUAGUUGCCAAAGGAAUCAAAGACUAUAUUUUCAUGACAUUCUUAUACUGAUGUUUUUGUGUACAUAGCCUGUCCUACCUAAAACAUGCACCUUGAGGGUUGUGUAACCUGUGGCAAAUAUUUGAAGAGGAUUGAUCUUGAUUUGCUUGUUACUUUUGUCCCCCCCCCCCCGGAAAGUUUGGUGUUUUUGGUGUAACUGGAAGAAAUAAAAGGUGACGGUCUCAAUGUUCAAAUAUUCUAACCUAAGACUAAUUGCAUAAUCUUUGUGAUUUCCAAUAGGGCCUUUUGUAAUUAAACCAGUGAGAGCGUUUGAAUAAAAAACACUACUAUUCAUUUGUUCACUGUUUUAGCAGAAGCGACUCCAGCGAUGAUUUCUGGUGUAAACAGGGUUUUGGGGUACUAAACUGAACUGGAUAUGUUGACUGAGAGCAAGGCAUUGUACUCAAUCUGUAUUUAAGAGCUUUAUAAUCCCUACUGUACAAUGUUGGUCCACUGUUUUGAAGAGCAUGCUAAGAGAAUUAUGGGUAAUGCUUGCAUUUGUAAGCUUACUCGUUUGGGCUACUGUUGGGGAAGGCAUUCUGUGUGUUAUGUGGUUUUAAUAUAAACCUGUACAUAAUUCUUUAAAAAAAAAAAAAAAAAAUGAUUAAAGACUUUUUCCGUGAACAUGCAACGUCUGUUUUUACGCCA